AUGCAAAUUAUGUUCGAUUCUGGAUCAACACAAUCGUUUAUUAAUAAAGAAGUUUUAAAUCGUACAAUUCACUUUCCUAUCAAUUAUAAGAAACAUUAUUAUUUACUGGCUGACGGUAAUACGACAUUUGAAGUUAUUGGUACAGUAAAAAUAUUUGUUGAAUUCAAUCAUAUAAAAACAAAUAUCGUAGUGGGUGUUGUCAAUUCUUUAUGUACAGAUUGUAUUUUAGGUAUGAAUUAUAUUACAAAAUACAAGGUCAAUCUUAAUAAUCAACAACGGCAAGUUCAAGUUCAUACUCCUUUCAAAACUCUUCGAAUACCAAUGGUAGAGCAGUCGACAAAAACAAAAAUAAAAACUUGUUUAUUAAAAUCUGAUCGUUCAAAUCCAUCUCAAGAAAAACGUUUACCACUUAUUUCUACUGUUUUUUACAACAAUAAAAAAAAAGAACAAAAUCAUGAAAAUAAAUUAUCCAUGUUAACAUCGAUAAGCGAACAUCAUAUUAAAACAUUACUAAUUCAUUUACAUGAUCUCCCACAAUCUCACGAAUUGAAACAAAUUUUGAUAAAGUAUCAUUCGUUGUUUGAUACAUCCCGCACAACCAUGGCCCAAACAUCAAUACCCCAUGUUAUUUGCACUAGUGAUAAUCCACCUAUUUCUUCAAAACCGUAUCCUCAAACUCUUGAAAAACAAAAUGCUACAUUUGAAAUUAUUCAGCAGAUGAUACGAAACAAGCAGAUAAGAGCAUCGAAUUCUCAAUAUGCAUCCCCAAUAUUAUUGAUAAAAAAACGUGAUGGUUCUUAUCGUUUUAUUGUUGACUAUCGAAAAUUAAAUCAAAUCACAAUUCAAGAUAAAUUUCCAUUACCUAAUCUUGAACAAACAAUUCAAAUGGUGGGAGGUCAUGAAUAUUAUUCAACAUUAGAUCUUCGUUCAGGUUAUUUUCAAAUACCUAUUCGUGAAGAAGACAAACAUAAAACGGCAUUCGUUACCACUCAUGGAUUAUACGAAUUCAAUGUUCUAGCUCAAGGUUUAAAAAAUAGUCCUCCAUCAUUUCAACGUAUUAUGUCCAAUUUAUUAUUACCCUGUAAAAAAUUUAGUUUAGUAUAUCUUGAUGAUAUACUAAUUUAUUCAAAUUCUUUUCAACAGCACCUCGAUCAUUUAAAUCAAGUUUUAGCAAUCCUCAAUAAACAUCAAUUUCAACUUAACCCACAUAAAUGUGAAUUAGCCCGUACAACGAUUGACUAUUUAGGACAUACAAUUAGUAAUCAAGGUAUAAAACCACUUCAAGAGCGCAUUCAAAAAAUUUUGGACAUUCCACAACCUGUUUCAUUAAAUCAAGCCAAUGCUUUUAUUGGGGCUAUUGGAUGGUAUCGCAAGUUUAUUCGAGAUUAUACAAACAUCGCGGCACCUAUAUUAGCUGUUACUAAUUUAACCAAGAACAACAAGUUUAAAUUCAAAUGGGAUUUUCCUCAACGUAAUGCUUUUGAUAAAUUAAAAAUGGCUAUUACAUCCGAGCCAUUAUUUUUAAAUUAUCCUAAUGUUAAUGCACCAUUAAUAUUAGCAACUGAUGCAUCUGAUUAUUGUAUUGGUGGCGUGUUGUAUCAAGAAAUUAAUGGUGAACGGAAAAAUAUUUAUUUUUAUUCACAAAUGUUACCCAAAUUACAACGUAAAUGGCCAACCAUUGAAAAAGAAGCAUUAGCCAUUUAUUAUUGUGUUUUACGUAUGAAAUUAUAUUUACUUGGUCAUGAAUUCAUUAUCCAAACCGAUCAUUGCCCAUUGCGUGAUAUGCAUAAAAAAUCAUCAAACAAUCGUCGAGUCGAUCGUAUAUCAUUAGUGCUACAACAAUAUAAUAUUAAGGAAAUUCGUCAUAUUUCAGGUAAAUGUAACUGCAUGGCUGAUUAUUUAACUAGGUAUCCUCGCCAAAUUGAGGAAGAUGAUGAAUUUUUCGAUUCCGACUUUGGACAUAUUCCAAAUGUUUAUUCUCAAUCAUCUAAUAUGAUUUUCCAAGAUAAUUUAUCAAUUAAUCCCCAAAUUGUUAGUGCAGUUACUACCAGAGCACAAACUAAAGCACAAGAAAAAUCAUUACCAUCAACAGAUCAUAAAGUGCCAGUUGAUGAUUUAUCAGUGUCAGAUGAUCAAUCUCAAGAAGGAUUAGGUCAUGCAUUUGAUAUUUCAAAAAUUGGAGAAGCUCAAAAACAGGAUAAAUUCUAUCAAGAAAAAUUUUUAGAGCUAAAUAAAAGUCACAUUAAUUCUUCCUAUAUGUUGAAAAAUGAUAUAUUAUAUAAAUUAAUUAAACGUGGAAUAAUUAAAAAAAAACUAGUGUAUAUACCGUCGUCAAUGUUAGAACAAUUAUUAUCAGCUUAUCAUGAUGCACCAUAUUCGGCACAUUUUGGUGUCCGCAGAACUUAUCUAAAAUUGAAGGAUAUUUAUUGGUGGCCGGAUAUGAAAAUUACUAUUCGAAAUUAUAUUCAAAGUUGUUUAAAAUGCCAAAAAUUUAAUAUUGCUCGAAAUAAAUUACCAGGUCUUUUACAGCCUAUUGAAUCACCAACCGGUCCUUUUCAAUUAAUUGGAAUCGACUAUUCUGGUCCUUUCCCUAUCACUCCUCAAGGAAAUAAAUACGUGUUAGCAAUUACCGAUUAUUUUACAAAAUGGGUUAUUGCGAUUCCUUUACCUGAACAAACUGCAAAAAUAACGGCCGAAACUCUAUAUGAAUAUUACAUAACAAUUUAUGGUAUUCCAUCUAGAAUACUGUCCGAUCAAGGAACUCAUUUUAAUAAUCAGUUAAUUGCAGCAUUUACGGCUAUUCUUGGAUGUCAUCAUAUUAAAUCAACAACGUAUCAUCCUCAAACAAAUGGAGCAAUCGAAAGAUUUAAUUCAACAUUUGAACGUCAAUUAGCAAAAUUAACCAAUAAAUGUAUUAAUGAUUGGGAUAUACAUUUAAAAUCUAUUGUAUUUGCGUACAACACGGGAUCACACGCCGCCACAAAAUUUACUCCUUACGAAUUACAAUUUGGACGACGACCACAAUUACCACCAGAAAAACCAUUAACAACUUAUCAAUUUUCAAAACCUAAUGAUUACAUAUUUUAUUUUAAUAAAACAUUAAACAUUUAUCGUCAUCAUGCACUGAAUAAUAUUUUUAACAAUCAGAAAACUUAUAAAAAGUUUUAUGAUCGUAAUCGUCCAGAAAAAUAUUAUUCCAUUGGUGAUCACGUGCUCAAACGAAUUCCGACUCAACCUUCUAAACUAGGGGAACUUUAUUCAAAUCCAAUGAUUAUCAUUAAAAAACAACAUCCAACAUAUUUUGUUCAGGAUCUUGAUAAUAAAAACAUUUAUCAAGUACAUGUUUCUCAAUUACGUAUGUUUAACUUUAAUCGUUUAGUAUUAUAA